CAGACGACUUCCAACAUCUCAGACGAUUUACUGGAGUUAUAUUCGUAAAAAUGGCUUCUGUUUUUUUGUUUGGUCACAAAGGACUGAACUGUAAUUUCACUAGGCUUUUAGGUUAGUUUUGCAUUUGAUUCAAGUUUUGGUAUAGAUUUGGGAUUAAAAUCAAGUUAUGGGUUAAUUUUGGCAAAAACCCCCAUUUUCAAUUGCUAUGAUCUUGCUCAGUAGGGCAAUAAUAUUCAUUUGGUUAAGAGUACCGCGCGCGUAUUGCACGGCACAUAAAAUAAUAUAGUAGACCUAAAUUAGACACGUUAUAUAUAGUCGGUGCCUUCUUGAAACAAAAAGUCGAAAGCAUGCAUGCAUGCAAGUGAAUUACAUAUUAAGUUUCAUUAGUUGGAAACGAAUUAUUGAUAGUAUUAGUUUUGACGAUAUGUUAACGCUAACAGAGAAAACAUUAUUUCUAGUUUUUCUUCAAAUGUAAGAGAGACAAAGUAGAAAAAUGAAAACAUAGCUGUAAAGGUGUUGUCAUGGCUUAACUUAUCAUUGUUGUUUAUCAUGUGAUUUCCCCCAACCCCCCCCCCCCCCCCCCCCCCCCCCCCCCCCUCCCGCCGGCCCCUCCCCCAAAGUCAAAGGUUCCCCCUCUCUAAUCUCAUUCGUUCGCAUUACGAAUAUAAAAUAAUUAACGUUUCAUCUUAAUAAAUUUAUCAGCGGGACAAAACCAAUAAUAUAUAAAUCUGUUAUAAUUUUUUCGAUUAGCAAAGAACUGAUUCACUUAAUUACUAAAUUCAUCUUUUAUUUUGUCUAUAAAGUUAUCUGAAUAUCAGCAAAAAUGUGCUACCACACAAAAGUAGUGCGGAUCACUUCAUAGGUAAGUGAUUCCCCCACAAACCUGCAUGUAGCGAUACGUAUAAUUAAUAUGUAACGCAUUUAUAGUAGCCAUUAAUGUAUUACUUAGAGUUGCAUAAAGUGGAAUCAAUACUCUUCCUAAACCAUUUGGUAGAUAUUCAUAUACUUUACUGCAUCGAUUGCAUAGUUUAAUAUGUGGACUUGAUGGUUGACGCUGACAUUGUACAUACCCCGUAAGGUCAUGUAUGAUUGUUUUAAUUCUUAGUAGAACACAAUUGAUAUAUCAUCUAAACAAUAUUCAAAUAUAUAAAAAGCUGUGUUCCAAACAUUGACAGGCUUCUUUGAAUUUUUCGUAUUAAGGUCAUAAACAAUAUUGAAGCACGUAUUCAAAUAUAUAAAUUUGUAUUAUUGUGGCAGUUUUAACAUACUAAUUGUUUCUGAAACCUUUUUUGCGAUUAAUAAACAGAUCGAAGCACGUAUCUAUAGAAUAUAGUCUUGUUUGUGUUCUGUACAAAGGUGUUAAUAUUCGUUAAUUGCGUAGGUAUCCUAAAAGGUAAGCAUCUGUGUCCCAUUGUUUAAGGAACCCUUCAUAGGAGUAUUAAAAAAAGACCUCAACUUGGUAUUUAAAAAUUCAUCAUUUCUAUCUAUAUAAACCGUAUCACAGCACUUGAACUACACCAUCAUUCACAAUUUCAUACCAUCAAACCAAUAAAUCCUAACACACACAACGAGUGAAAAAAGGAACACCUUUUUCUUAAUCUUCUGAUAGGUUUGACAAUGGAUCUAGCCAAACACACAACACUCCAAAUGUUGGGAUUCAUACUCCUUGCAUCACUCGUACUAACUAUGGCUCAACCCCCUGGCUUGACAAAGCCAAGCCAUGCAACUUGUAAGAUCAAGAAGUACAAACAUUGUUACAACUUAGAACAUGUUUGUCCCAAGUUCUGCCCUGACACUUGUCAUGUUGAAUGUGCUUCUUGCAAGCCCAUAUGUGGUCCUGCUUCCCCCGGGGAUGAUGGCGGAGACACUCCUCCUACUCCGGUUCCACCUGUUUCACCACCACCUCCGGCUCCUGUUCCGCCAGUUUCACCACCGCCUCCAGUCACGCCUACUCCUUCUUAUCCUACUCCCACUGAUCCUCUGCCUCCAGCACCUGUUUCACCACCUCCUCCGGCUCCUGUUCCGCCAGUUUCACCACCACCUCCAACUCCUACACCGUAUGUUCCAAGUCCUACUCCGCCAGUUUCACCACCACCUCCGUCUCCUACACCGGAUGUGCCAAGUCCUACUCCACCAUCUUCACCACCACCUACUACUCCCACACCAGCUGUGCCAAGUCCUACUCCUUCUUCACCACCACCUCCUUCUCCUACACCAGCUGUACUAACCCCUCCUCAUGUUACUCCCACUCCUCCUACACCGGCUGUACCAAGUCCUCCUGACGUCACUCCCACUCCUCCUACCCCAUCCGUUCCAAGCCCUGAUACUCCCACUGCACCACUACCUCCAUAUUCCCCACCCGCGACCCCUGCUCCCUCCGUUCCAAGCCCCACUCCCACACCUCCGUCGUCCCCAACUCCUCCUGGAUCUACUCCCACGACUCCAACGCCUUCUGUCCCAACUCCUUCUCCUUCCGUCCCUGUUCCAAGUGCUCCAAACUCUCCUCCUUACGUUCCCCCAUCCUCUCCUACUCCAACCCCACCAUCAGAUGGGGAGGCAGGAGCAGGAGUCAGAAGGGCAAGGUGUAAGAAGAAGGGCUCUCCUUGUUAUGGAGUUGAAUACAGUUGCCCUUCCGCUUGUCCCCGUUCUUGUGAAGUCGAUUGCGUCACUUGCAAGCCUCUUUGCAAUUGUGACAAGCCAGGAUCUGUUUGCCAAGACCCACGUUUCAUUGGAGGAGACGGUCUCACCUUUUACUUCCACGGCAAGAAAGACUCCAACUUCUGCCUCAUCUCCGAUCCUAACCUUCACAUCAACGCACAUUUCAUUGGUAAACGUAGGCCUGGUAUGGCACGUGACUUCACAUGGGUCCAAUCCAUUGCUGUUCUCUUUGGCACUCACCGUUUCUACGUCGGAGCCCUCAAAACCGCCACGUGGGAUGAUUCAGUUGACCGUAUCUCCGCCUCUUUCGAUGGAAACGUUAUCUCGCUUCCUCAGCUAGACGGUGCCACAUGGACUUCUUCCCCAGGUGUAUAUCCUCAGGUCUCGGUCAAACGAGUCAACGCUGAUACUAACAAUAUCGAGGUUGAAGUAGAGGGUUUGCUUAAGAUCACCGCAAGAGUGGUGUCAAUAACAAUGGAAGAUUCAAGAAUCCAUGGGUACGACGUGAAGGAAGAUGACUGUCUAGCUCAUCUCGAUUUAGGCUUCAAGUUCCAAGACCUCAGCGACAAUGUCGACGGAGUUUUGGGACAGACUUAUAGGCCAAACUACGUUAGCCGAGUAAAGAUCGGAGUCCACAUGCCAGUGAUGGGUGGUGACAGGGAAUUCCAGACCACCGGACUUUUUGCACCUGACUGCUCUGCCGCAAGGUUUAUCGGUAACGGAGGCAGAAACGGUGGCUGGAGCAAAAUGGAGCUCCCUGAGAUGAGUUGUGCCAGUGGCGUAGGUGGCAAGGGAGUGGUCUGCAAGAGAUAGACGUUUGCUCUAAACUUUAUUACUACAUACUACCACCACUAUACAAUAUGCUAAGUGGUAACUAUAAUAUUAUACCUAAUUAAUAAAUAUCAUCGAGAAAGCUUUCCCUAAGGAAAUAUGUAAUGGUACAAAUGUAAUUUAAUUAUUCUUGAUCUGAAUGAAAUGUGAAUUUAUAUUAAUCUCUUCCUUCUGUGCUUCAGUAAUCCUUGUUUUGAGAAACUUGUAAAAUAUGAUCAUAAUAACAAAAAAAAGUUGCAAAACAUAAUUAGAUUUUUUUUGAUUAAAAUAAAAUUAGAUACUUGUCAGGAAAUUAAAUCUGUAUCCCCUUAUCCAUGUCAGCGCAUCUGUAGCAGAGCUAAACUUUCUGCAGUUUGAUAAAUCAGAAAGAGAAAUGAACUAGAAGGACCGUAGAGACAAACCUAAGAGCAACAUUAUCAAGACAUUUGAACACUUCUUAUGGGCGAUCCUUACCCAAUAUUGGCCCAAAAUUAAAUAUAAAGUCCAGUUAAAUGAAGGAGACGAUUUUUAGGUAAGAAGUUUUUUGACUUCGUUCUUCUGUCACGUGUCAUUCUAUGAUACGUUUUGUGAAGCGGUAGAGGGUCUCGUCGUUUUGCUCUGGAUCUAUUCUCUCCGUCUCCCUCUUCUCUCUCUCUCUCUCUCAAUCCGUAGACGGCGAUUCGCUGGAAGUGAAGAAUCAUCGGUCCACAUCGAUCGAUCGUUUAAUCUCGCCAUCGAAUCUGCACCAGGUUUGUAUUACUCUCUCUCUCUGUCUCCCUCUUCUCUGUCUCUCUCUCUCGUAUCGAUUUUGUGGAUAUAAUUCUGGGAUUAUCGAUUAUGUGUUUCUAAUAUUUUGCAUGCUUUGGGUUUGAUCAAGGUCCGCGGAGUUUGGGUUUAGGGUUUCAUCGUCUCUUCCUUCUCUCGCUGUCGACGGGUACUUCCGCCGUCGUCGUCUAUUCUCGUCCAUCUCGCCUCUCUUCUUUCUCCGUCCUCCGUUAGCUAUAUAGAGGAAUCAUUUAAACAAAUAGAUUGGUGAUUCGCCUUUUGGUUGUAUAUGAUUGUAUAGUGAUCUGUUGGUUCGUGUUUCUGAUGGACUUUCGUUUACCGAUGAAUAUGAUUGUAUAGUGAUCUGUGUUUUUGAUUGUAAAGCAGAGGUUUUUAGUGAAUUUUUCGUAUACUUGAUUGAUUAGGGAACUUUAGUUAAAAAAAUAUGCUUGAUUGAUUAGUGAACUUUAGUUAAAAAAAUAUGCUUGAUUGAUUAGUGAACUGAAUUUUGAGUUCUAUACUUGAUUGAUUAGUGAACUGAAUUUUGAUUGUAUAGUUGAUGGAGAGCCACAUUAUAUGUUGUGAUCUAUACUGAAUUUUGAUUCUAUACUUGUUGUUUUAGAUACAUUGGCUUCAUCAUUGACAUGUGUUGUUUUAGUUGGUGUGUAAAUUGAAGUAAGUAGGUUUCGACAUUUAAUGAAAACGUUGUACUGACUUUUUUACUUAGUUUGGUUUCGAAGGAGUGUUACUUGGCAAAGUUUUGUAGUUAGUUUGCUUGGUUUUGUAGUUAGUUUCGGAGGAGUAAUAAAUAUUGAUUAGUUAUGUGUAACGAGUAUAAGUAACUAAUGUGUAUCAUAUUUACUUACUUGUUUGCUUUGAUUCUUUAUUUUCCGAGUAAUAAAUAUUGAUUAGACCCUGGUAGUUGAUUGUUAGAGAAACAUUUAAGCUCUCUGAUGGUUGUUCUCUCAAAUUUCUUUAAAUAGCAGCAACAAGUUUAAUUCUUGUUGUGGUUAUCCCUUACUCUCUUCUUUCUCUCACGUAUCUUUCUUUUCUAUUCCUGUCCUUCUAAUCGAAAUGGAUUCAAGGAAUCCAUUGAAUCCCUAUAGUGAGUCCCCUAGUUAUAGCUAUCUUCUCCAUAGCCAAAAUUUUCAGUAUGGAAGUUAUCCUUCUACUCAGUAUCCAUCCGAGAUACCUCCUUAUAGUUCACAACAACCUGACGGUCCACCUGAACGUGAAGACCCAGCAGUUGCCUCUAAGGAGAGAAGGCAAUGGACUCCAGCUGAUGACGAGGUCGUCAUAAGUGCUUGGCUCAACACAUCUAAGGAUGCAGUGGUUGGGAAUGGACAAAAAUCGGGGACGUUCUGGAAACGUGUUGCUGAGUACUAUGAAUCUACUCCACAUGCUAAAGAGAGUGGUGAACCAAGAGACUGGCUCCAUAUUAAGCAGAGGUGGCAGAAGAUUAAUGACCUCACCAACAAAUUUUGCGGUGCUUACUCGGCAGCGGAGAGACAGAUAACUUCUGGUCAGAGCGAGACUGACGUCCUCAAGAUGGCUUAUGGAUAUGGCACGCAUUUUUUGGAGCUCCAGGUACUAUGAACGAUCUUAAUAUUCUCGAUCGAUCACCCGUUUUUGAUGACAUUAUUAACGGAAUAGCGCCACAAGUGAACUUCUAUGUUAAUGGUAAUCCAUACCAUUUGGCAUAUUAUCUCACUGAUGGUAUUUAUCCGAAAUGGGCGACUUUUAUUCAAUCUAUCCGGCUUCCACAAAGUGAGAAACAUUCGUUAUUUGCUAAAACCCAAGAAGCUGUUCGAAAAAAUGUGGAGCGUGCCUUCGGAGUUCUGCAAGCUAGAUUUGCCGUAGUGAAAAAUCCAUCUAAGUUAUGGAAUAAAGAAAAAAAUAGCAAAUAUUAUGAAAGCAUGCAUCAUACUCCAUAAUAUGAUUGUCGAGGAUGAACGUUCAACAUUCACUCAAUAUAACGAGAGAGAAUUUCAAGAAAGCGAAGAAGAGGAUACAUUCACCGUUACUCCGAAUUCAAAUCUUGGCACUGCAAUGGAUCGUCGAUCGAGCGUUCGUAACAGACAAGCCCAUGAACAAUUAAAAUUCGAUUUGAUUGAAAAUAUUUGGGCUAAAUUUGGACAUCUUCCAAAUAACCAAUGAUUUUUAAGUUUCUGUGAAUUGAAUAAAAUGUGUGUUAGCUAUUAUUUUAAAUUUUUUUUUAAAUGGAAUGUAAUAAAAUGUUUGUAAUUUUAAUUUAAUGAAAUAAAAAGUUUUUUUUAA